AUGAGUUCCAAAAGUCAGGUAUGUAGGAAACUUUUCCCCACUCGUUCACAAAAACCUGUGAUCUUUCCUCAUACCCCUUGCUCCAGGUCACAAAGUUGACACUUAUUGGAGCAUUUGGAAGGCUAGGCUGCCCCACACCAUAAAACAUCCCAGUAAUGGACUCGUAUUCACAUUCCCUUGUUUUGAACAAAAUGAAAGGCUUGUGGGAAGUCAGUCCAUAUCAUUGGUGGGCUCAUUUCCUGGUGAUUGUGCAGAAUCCACAAAUCAAUCCUUUAAUACAGAACCUCGGGCCCAGUGGUCAAGUGUCGCCCUCCACACCUCUCUGCCUGGCCCUUAGAACUCUCCCUCAACCACACACCCCUCACUGGGCCUACAGUGCAGCCCAGGUGUUUUUGCCUGGCUGGAAUGUGUCCUUGAACUCUGAACAUGCUUCUCAGUUGCCUGAAUGGAGGAUAGAGGGGGGUGGGCAUAGAACCAAACCUAUUGUACAAAAGGAAUAUUUACAUUUGGUGCCCCGCCCAUUUUUUGCCUUUGCCCCACCCACCACUGUCAUGUGGCCCUCGGAAUGUUGCCCAGAAGCAAAUGCAGCCCUCAGGGUCCCCUAACACUCUUAAUCCAUGUUUCUUACAUCUCAGUGGAGCACACUGCCAGGUCCUUUUAAAGGGCUCCCAGACAAUUCUGCCUGUUUACUCAGAAGAAAGUCCCCCUGAUCGCAAUGGGGCUUUACUCCCAGAUAAGUGACAGUGUGUUCCCUAAAGCUUCCUGUCCCCUUCCUUGGAGUGAGACCUCACGGCAAUUCCAUGUGCAUAUGGUAUUUAUUUGAUGGCACAGGUAAAGAGAAAGGACCCCUGGACAGUUAAGUCCAGUUGAAGGUGACUAUGGGGUGCGGUGCUCUUCCCAAUCUGGUACCCUCCAGGUAUGUCCCGGUUUCAAACAAACAAACAAAUGUAUUUUAUACUAAUAUCAAGAUACACAGAAGCUAAAACUAAGGGAUGUACGCAGUGCUACUCCCUUUUCAAGAUAGGACCCACUGAAAUAAAAUACUGUGGGGCUACGUUAGUCCUGGCCGCUAUUUUUAAUGUGCCUGAAUUGAACUAACACUGGAGCCAAUCCAGGCAUUUCCUAUAAGAGCCACUUUUCUGUGAGAUAAAUCCAUUUACAACAAUUGGCAGAGUAUUUCCCUUUUUAAUGGGGUUUAACCAUUCCUGUUCACAACUUAGCAACUGAGAGGUUUUUGUUUUUAAAUGAAAAUGGCAUCUGGGAUUCAUAUAUUUCAUGAGCAAGUGCAAAUGCACUUCAAGACAUAUGGUAAGAGUAUCCACAAUUUUCUAGGCCACUGUUGCUUCCUUACAUUUCCAGUGAUUGGUCUUGCAUUUAGUCCUUCUGAGGACUGAAUCUGGGAUAAAAUCAAGACAAACAAUAGAAUUCUGCAUUGAUCUACAGAGCUGGCACUUACAGGUGCCCCAGAAGACCCUGCGCUUGUGAGUAAAAAGACCUUGUAAUGUGGCAGCAGCUACACUUCGGAACUCCCUGCCUGUUGACACCUGACAGGUUCUUUUGCUAUAUACUUUUCAGCACCUGCUUAAAACAUUUUUGUUUAGGGAAGCUGAUCCAGACACCUUGACAUGCUUAAUCUCUUUUACCAUUAUAUAUAUGUGUGUGUGUGUGAGUUCCAUUGUUUUAAUUUUUUUAAUUGAUAAAUUUAAUAUUUUUUGAAAACUGCGUAGAGGUUUUGCUGCAUUCAAGUGGUGUGUGUGUGUGUAUAUAUAUAUAUAUAUAUAUAUAUAUAUAUACCGUAUUUUUCGCUCUAUAAGACGCACCAGACCACAAGACGCUCCUAGUUUUUGGAGGAGGAAAACAAGAAAAAUAAUAUUCUGAAUCUCAGAAGCCAGAACAGCAAGAGGGACCACUGCGCAGUGAAAGCAGCAAUCCCUCUUGCUGUUCUGGCUUCUGGGAUAGCUGUGCAGCCCGCAUUCGCUCCAUAAGACGCACACACAUCUCCCCUUACUUUUUAGGAGGGAAAAAGUGAGUCUUAUAGAGCAAAAAAUACGGUGUGUAUAUGUGUAUAUAUAUAUAUAUAUAUAUAUAUAUAUAUAUAUAUAUAUAUAUCUGAAUAAAUUCAUUGGUACAAUAACAUUAGCAAAGGAUGUUACAUCUUGGGACUAUCAUUUGGAAUCCAUUCAACAACAUUUGCAGCAGAAAUUACUGGCCAGUCUUACCAAAAAAUCAGAUAAGUGGUAAACCAUGAACUCAGUCGUGAUGUGGUGAAUCAGAUAUUGCCAAGGAAUUUAUUCUUACCUUAUAUACCCUUCAAGCCCCAGAAAAAUAACGUUUGGAGAUCCAUAGAUUGGAGAAAGCUAUAGCGGAUUUUCUUCAAUUUAUGAUGUUUAAGGCAGCUUUAGUUUGCUCAGAACAAGAGCGGCCACUGAGGAACUCACAAAAGCAGAGUCCACAGGCCCAUAAGUUAUACAUGCUUAUAGAAAGGCAAAACCCCACCUUAGUUUUACACAUUCAGGGGCAUAACUAGGGGUUGGCUAGGUUGCCCCCCACCAACAGCGCAGACCUAGGGGAUGCAAAAAUUGUACAGAAAGAGCCAGCGAUUGCCAAGGGUGUUAAGGGACUGGGGGGGGGCACUGUUAAAUUGCCUUGCCAAUGGCGCAAGGGAGUCUAGGUAUACUUCUGUACACAUGCAUAUAAAUUCACAUUCUCAGAGGAAAAGCAUGCCUGCAUUAUCAGAGCUGGUUGCCUGAUUCAGCAGGAAUAAUUCAGUGUCUACCUUCUACAAAACUGGUCCAAGGCUGCAUUCUUUUCCUGCACAAACAUUCUUGACACAUACAGUGAGCAGAUUAUCCUAACAAUAUCCUUUCACACACACUUUUUUUUUUGCACCUCUUCACAUGUAGGCUACCUGGCAAUGUAUACAUCAAUACGAUCACCCGCUACAGCAGCUGUAACAUUCAGCUGCACCACACUCCGUCAGACAUCACCCAGUGAAUAUCAGCAGCGGGGAAGAAAUCUGAUUUGGUUUGCAUUUAAACCGUGCACUUUCUGAAACUAUGCGAAACACAAAAUUGCUUACAAAAAUAAAUAUACUGGUAGAAAUUCACGCUAAAAAGCUGGUGACCCUUCAGGAUGAAUCCAUUUUGCAUUACUUUCUAUGGGUAACCACGCCUUGGUUUUGGAACGCUUUGGUUUUGGAACUGACUUCCAGAACGGAUUAAGUAUGAGAACUAAGGCACCACUGUAUAUUGAUUUUGCUGGGUUUGCUCUGAGUGUGACUUACUCUGAUUCUACCCACUUUGCCUCUCCCCAUCCACUACUGACUUACUCCUUCCUUCCUUCCUUCCUUCCUUCCUUCCUUCCUUCCUCUGCCUUCCCUUUUAGCACUGCGAGAUCCUACCUAAAGGUAGAAGUCGGAGGUUUAACCCAUUCCUGUACCGGAUCCUCUGGAGAAUCCGCCAGCAGUGGAACCUUUUGGGCUUCUUUGAAAUCAACGAGGAUCACCCGCUCUAUCAGUUCACCAGUAUGAUAAAGAAGGGGCUCAGGGCAUCUGUCAAUCAUGCUAUCCAUAACCCAGUAACCACAGUGAGUUUGGGCUGCAGGAUGUGGGGGGGGGGCAGGUUCUACUCCCACCUGCGUUGCCUCCUUGGCAACUGUGAAACAGGAGCCUUCUGGGCACAGGGAUGGGCUGAUUUUGUGUUUGGGGGAUCAACUUUUCCUCCCACUUCCCCUUGAACCCCAAGGUUGACCAUCUGGAGCCAGGUGUAGAAGAUUAAGAGGAGGCAGUAGCGGAGUGGGGGGGGGGGAACCAGGUGCAGAAUCCUGAGAGGGAUUCAACUAGUCAGGGGUCAGUAACCUUUUCCAGCCGUGGGCCGGUCCACUGUCCCUCAGACCAUGUGGUGGGUUUUUUUGAAAGAAAAAAAUAUGAACAAAUUCCUAUGUCCCACAAAUAACCCAGAAAUGCAUUUUAAAUAAAAGGACACAUUCUACUCAUGUAAAAACACUCUGAUUCCUGGACCGUCCGUGGGCCGGAUUGAGAAGGUGAUUGGGCCACAUCUGGCCCAUGGACCUUAGGUUGCCUACCCCUGAACUAGGUGCUCCUAUGGCAGGCUCUCUGCUGCGCUUCUGUUGCCUUCUGGAGACGCAGGGAGGGAAGCCACGCCCGGGCUGGGCCAGUGUGCUUCCUGGUCCUUCUCAGAUGCCCCCAUGCACCCAGCUGCUGGGCUGGCCAAGAGGUGAGGGCUCGCUCGCCCAGCCUGCGAGGUGUCGAGGAUGGAGGUGGCAGGGCCAGGGGAACGCAAGGCACGAGUGGAAGCAGUGGUCGUGACCCAGUUCACAGAGGAGUCCUCUGCUUCCACCGAGGGCGAGGAGGAGGCUACGGAAGAGGCUGAGUUGGGGUCGUUGUGUGCGGAGCGGUGGCACCUCCAUUCAGUGGUCCUGGCGUUGGCCUUGCUGGCGGUGGGAGGCCAUGGUUGGUGGGCAACAGCAGAAUAUGUGAGGACAGCGGCCCUCAGCUCUCCUACCGCCACUCACGUGUUGCUUGGCCUGGCUGAGAGGGAUAGAGGGGGAGGGCAGCGGUGCCACCCACAAAGGAGGGAGAAAGCCUCUCCUCUCAGGUGCACGCCUCCACUCCAGCUGCCUAGUCCACGGGGCGGGGCAGGUUGGGGGAUGACGGCAACACUUGUCCUGACCCAGAUCUGGCAACCCACACUAUUAGGAAGGAGAGGGCAGAGAGGCCCACAUCAGGGAUGAAGAAGCUGUGGCCCCUCAGGUGUUGUUGGAUUCCCAAGGUCCAUUGGCCCUGGCCAAUUGAGUUACAGUUACAAGGAUGGUGGGAGUUACUACUACUACUACUGCUACUACUACUAAUACUAAUAUUUAUACCCCGCCCAUCUGGCUGGGUUUCCCCAGCCACUCUAGGUGGCUUCCAACAAAAUAUUAAAAAUACAAUAAAACAUCAAAUAUUAAAAACUUCACUAAACAGGGCUGCCUUCAGAUGUUUUCUAAAGGUCAGGUAGUUGUUUAUUUCCUUGACAUCUGAUGACAGGGCGUUCCACAGGGCAGGCACCACUACUGAGAAGGCCCUCUGCCUGGUUCCCUGUAACCUCGUAAUGAGGGAACCACCAUAAGUCCCUCAGCGCUGGACCUCAGUGUUUGGGCUGAAUGAUGGUGGUGGAGACGCUCCUUCAGGUAUACUGGGCCAGGGCUGUUUAGGGCUUUAAAGGUCAGCACCAACACUUUGAAUUGUGCCCGGAAAUGUACUGGGAGCCAAUGUAGGUCUUUCAGGACCGGUGUUAUGUGGUCUCGGCGGCCACCCCCAGUCACCAGUCUAGCUGCCGCAUUCUGGAUUAGUUGUAGUUUCCGGGUCACCUUCAAAGGUAGCCCCACGUAGAGCGCAUUGCAGUAGUCCAAGUGGGAGAUAACCAGAGCAUGCACCACUCUGGCGAGAAAAGAGCUGAAGAGUGGCAGGUUCCUCAUUCUUGGUAUGUAUAGAUGGUGCUAUGUGAAUCCAUGUGUGGAAAACCUCUGAGGCCCGAGGCCUAAAUGUCUCCCCCAGGCUUAUCUAUCUGGCUUUCACGACUAUCCUGAGGCCACACCCCUCUUCCCCAAGUCACACUCCUUGCUGCCUUUGCUUUGCACAUUCAUGGAGUGUUCCUGCCUCACUGGGAUGCAUCCUUGAUCAUGGCUCUUUCUUGCCUAGAUAGAGGAUGGGGAAGGGUGUGUGAAUGUGGAUGUAGAAACUAGCCUCCUGCACGUAAGAUGUCUUCUUCGCACAAAAAAUGGUGAGCAAACAUUGCACGGUCCAGAGGUAGUAUCAACAUUUUUGCUUUGCCCAGUUUUGCCCCAGCCCCACCCACCUACCCACUGGCCCUUUGAAGGUUGCUCAGAAAGCAACGAGGCCCUUGAAUUGAAGAAAGGCUCCCUGUCAUUGGGCAUGGAGAACCUGUGGCCCUCCAGAUGUUUUUGGACUUCAACCCGCAUCGCCUCAGGAAGCAUGGUCAAUGGACAGGGAUGAUGGGAGUUUCCUCUGAGCACACACUUGGCCUUGAAUGUUCCCACCCUCUACUGCCACACCAUUGUGGUGCACCACAUCUUCUGAGAGCCACUGACAUAAACCAUAAGAUCCAUAAUAGAGACACAUAAAAUUAACAGCAACAACCCCGCAUGCCAUACCCCCUAAACAGCAACCCAGUGCAAGAGGCUGUUCAGCAGCCUCAGCAUUUGAGAAAUGCCUGAGAGAUUCAAGUUUUUAUUACAUGUAAAGAGAUGUAUUUUAUUUUAUUUUCAAAAAAAAUUAUUGGUUUUCUCAUUUAUCACAUAAAAAAGAAACAAGAAAAAAGAAAAACAUUACAAUACACAAAAACAAAGAAAAACACAUAAAAAAGAAUUUUUACUUCCAAAUCCUAAUUUUAUUUCAUUGAUAACGGACUUCCUCGAAUCCCUCUAACUGAGUUUCAUUAUAUCUCCUGUUUAGCAGUUCUCCAAAUUCAUAUUUCUAAUAAUAUUAACUUCUUUCAUUUACUAACUUCUUCUCCUUUAUUAAUAUUUUAAUCCUUAAUAUUUAUUAACAACAUGUUCUUAUUCUACCCCUAAGCCUAAUUAUUACUUCCAAGAAAUUUCUCUUUCUCUUAAAUUACAAUAUUUAGCCAAAUAUUCUUUAAAGUUCUUCCAAUCCUCUUGUGUCUCCUCUUCUUUCUGUUCACGGAUUCUUCCAGUCGGGUCGGCCAGCUCCAAAAAGUCCACCAUCUUCAUCUGCCAUUCUUCUAUUGUUGGUAUCUCUUGCGAUUUCCAAUUUUUGGCUAAUAAAAGUCUUGCCGCUGUAGUGGCAUAAAAAAACAGUCUAACAUCUUUUUUGGGCAAUUCCAAUCCUAUUAUUCCAAGUAGAAAGGCUUCUGGGUUUUUUAAAAAAUGUAUUUUUCAAUAUUUUUUUCAACUCAUUAUAUUUCUUUUCCCAGAAGUCUUUCACCUUAGGACACGUCCACCACAUAUGAUAAUAAAGAGAUGUAUUUUAUUGGUGACAAGCCUGUGAGGAAUUUGCUGGGAAAUCCUGAGGAAUUUGCUGGGAGUUCUGAGGACAAGAAGGGGGAAAGGGUGGGUGUUCUGACUCUCUUUCUCUUUGCAGGACGUCCUGAGGGAGGAUCAGUUUAAGGCAGUCCUCAGGCAGAUGCACGAGGUAGGCAUCCUUUGAAGGGUGGGGGUGGGGGUCCCCAAAGGAAACUUCCCAAGCACAAGUUGGGUUUGGGCUGGGCAGAUCUGUACAACAUUCCAGAUUCUCUCCACUCCUCCUUUUUCCAGCAUUAGGUUCAGUUCUUCACAUGAAAAUUCAUCAGCACCUGAGCUCACAUUUCUCCUUAUUUAUUUACUAUUUCAUAACGUUUGUUGUGAAACUGCCCUGAGAUCUACGGCUAUAGGGAGGAAUAGAAAUUUAAAAUACAAAAUGCCUCAGAGCAGUAUACAAAAAGAAUGAAAUUCAGGAAUGAAAUUAACAGUAAAAAAAGUUUUAGAAAGCUAUUUAUAACAUUAAAAGUCAGCAAUAAGGUAAACACAAAUUGAAACACAUGUCAGCAUUAUACAUAUCUGGGUAAGCAAGAAUAUAUUUAGAAGGCACCAAAAAGAGUACAGUGAAGGUGUCUGCCUGAAGUCAAUAGGCAGGGAGUUCCAAAGUGUGGGUGCUGCUAGAUUAAAAGAUAGAUUUCUUAAAAAUGCUGAAUGAGUAUUAUGUGGCACAUGUAACACUGCCAAUUCCAGAGAUUGAAUUAGACUGAAGUGAGCACGUGUGUCUAUGUAUGUAAUUUACCCUAAUAAACACAUUUUAUGCUAAGCAAUUUCCUCCUAAUAUAACGUAUGUUGUGUCUAUUAUCACUAAUAUGUGCAUUUUAAGCACACUUUUAGUGUGCAUUUUUUCACACGUUACUUGGCUGGAGAACUUAGCAAUGGGCGAUUUGGAUGAGUCCACAUUUUGAAGGUCUGCUGUGUUCCAGUUCCCACAUAUUGCUUUGAAAAGUGCGCAGCAGAUAUAUUUGCCUUGAAAUGGGAACUGAAUUGAAUCAUCCCCUCCCUAUCAGGGACUUUGCUCAGCUGUAAGGGCUUUCCACCAGAAGGGCAGCAUUUUGGGCCCCUGAGCAUUCUGGCCGCCCCUUUCUCUGCACUGACCUCAGUUCUGCUUCCCGGCAGGGCUUUGAGAUGAGGACAUACGCUGCUCCUGCUUUUACCCGGUUCCGAAAAUUCCUUGGCAUGGUAGAUGUCGAUUACCAACGGUCACUGACUUGUGACAGCUCAUACUUGCAGUUCAUCAGCAACUCUAAAAGCACGGCUGACUUCUUCCUCAGGUCAGAGAACUACCUUGUCCACAGCAAGAAAAGACACAUGUGAGACCUGCAAUAAAGAGCUGCAGCGUGUCCCGCUGCUGUUCAGCAUAUCUCCCCUGCCCUGCUUCCCUGGCUUUUGGUUGCCCCUCCCCACAACAAUCCGUGAGCCUUCCAUGCACUCUGAGCAUGCUCAGUUCUCACUGGACUACUUUGAGUCGGUCUCUUCACUGCCCUCACCCUCAUUUACGAUUCCCUCCAAAGGGUUUUUUUUUUGUACAUUGGCAAACUCUGGGAUUCUCCCAAGCCUGCUUGUGGAUGGGUGGUUCUGUUCUAGAUACAUAAGCAUCAGCACACACAGCCUGCACAUUGGAAAUACAGGGAAUAAUGUGAAUAUAUUCAUAUGAACCUGCUUUGUGCUGUGUCAGACUCGCGGUCCAUCCAGCCUAGCAUUAUUCUGACUGGAUUCAAUAGUGUAAAUCAAUAGUAAAGGUAAAGGGACCCCUGACCAUUAGGUCCAGUCGUGACCGACUCUGGGGUUGCGGCGCUCAUCUCGCUUUACUGGCCAAGGGAGCCGGCGUACAGCUUCCGAAUCAUGUGGCCAGCAUGACUAAGCCGCUUCUGGUGAACAAGAGUAGCGCACGGAAAUGCUGUUUACCUUCCCGCCGGAGCGGUACCUAUUUAUCUACUUGCACUUUGACAUGCUUUCAAACUGCUAGGUUGGCAGGAGCAGGGACCAAGCAACAGGAGCUUACCCCAUCGAGGGGAUUCGAACUGCCAACCUUCUGAUCGGCAAGCCCUAGGCUCUGUGGUUUAGACCACAGCACCACCCGCAUCCCAAAAUCAAUAGUACAAACAGCUCAUUUGUAUUAAAAAUGUUGCAUUAAUACAUGGUUGUUGUUGGCAUCCAUCUGUCUCAGGUGACAAUGGAGGAGUGUGUCUUUGGGGGUGAAGUCAAACCACUGGAGAGUUACAGCGCCUGCUGUGGCUGUGGAGACUGAUAUGGGAGAGACAUGUUUUGUUGCCUCUGGAGCAGGUGAAGGCGUCCAACUGUGCUGCUGCAGAUGCACCCGGGCAUCUCUUCUCUCUGUGCUCCUCCCAGGGAUCAUUCCUCCUCUGGUCACUUCUAUGGAAGCACACACGACCUGUCUGUCUCCAGGCAUUGCGGUUGUCUGCAAGGAAUUCCCACAUGGCGGGGUUAAUGUUGCCAGACUUCAUGUCCAGUUUGCACACAUCUUUGCAAUGAGGAGUUGGUCUGGCCUGGUGCCUAAGCACCAAGCCAGACUAAGCAUUUUCCUUCUGACACACCCUCCCUCUCAGCAUCUGGAUUCUCACCCAGGAUCCAAACUCUAGAUUUGCUUUCUAUGGGCAGGCCCAGGGUUGGUGGUGCUUCCUCAGACUGCCUAUAGCUGUCUCCCAUUCAGCUGCAUUCUCCACACUCAUUUCCAGGUGCAGCAAGUUUGUUGAGUUUCCCAGGGAGUUCAAAGGAUAGGGAAAGUGUUCUCCUCCUCUCACAGCUCUUUUCCCCUGCUCUCUGUCCUCUUCGCAUCCUCCAUCUGCUCUGGUGGCCCCUGCCACUCAUGCAAGGCAGUGGGUUGGCUGGGGCAUAGAAUCAUAGAAGUGUCAAGUAGGAAGGGGCCACGAGUGUCAUCUAGUCCAACCCCCCAAGAAUGCAGGAGUCUUUUGCUCAGUGUGGGGCUUGAACCCAUCACUGUGUGUGUGUGUGUGUGUGUGUGUGUGUGUGUGUGAAUCAGCAAUAUCAAAAGCAACACGAUGGCCAGAAACAAUUACAAUGUGAAAAACUUUACGGAAUAAUUCAAAACAUCAAAACUAAUAAACUGAAGUCUCUGAAAGUCCUUCAAUGAAUCAUAAUCGCAUGAACACUGUUCCAGAGUAUUUUUCAUUCUCAUGUAUAUUAUAUCUACAGUGGUGCCCCGCAAGACGAAUGCCUCGCAAGACGGAAAACUCGCUAGACGAAAGGGUUUUCCGUUUUUCGAUGUGCUUCGCAAGACGAAUUUCCCUAUGGGCUUGCUUCGCAAGACGAAAACGUCUUGCAAGUUUGUUUCCUUUUUCGUAAAACCAUUAAUACCCAGGGUGCAUUGCUUGAAGAGGUGCAGUUGCGACUUGACUUCGAGGAGCAACACAUUGCACGCGGUGUGGUAGCCUUUUCUGAGGUUUUUGAGGACUUUGCUGAUUUUUGAAGCUUUUCCAAAACUUCUUUUGCAGCUGUUUGGUAAGUUAAACGUUUAAAACUUUUUUGGGGAUUUUUGGAUUUUGGGUUGGGGUGUUUGGAAUUCAAGGACUUGGUGUUGGGGAGAGGUUUGCAAGAAUCUGGGAGCUUGUGUGGUUUUUUUCUGCAUUUUUAUGAUUUUUUGUGACCAUUGGGGCACUCUGCUGUUUUUUUUUUUUAAAAAAAAUUCUGGGUUUGAAUUUCUGUGUGGUGGGUGGCUGGGGGAACAGUUGAGGAGGGGUUUGCAAGAAUCUGGGAGCUUGUGUGGGGUUUUUUUGAAUUUUUAUGAUUUUCUGUGACCAUUGGGGCACUCUGCUGUUUUUUUUAAAAAAAAAUCUGGGUUUGAAUUUCUGUGUGGUGGGUGGCUGGGGGAACAGUUGGGGAGGGGUUUGCAAGAAUCUGGGAGCUUGUGUGGGUUUUUUUGAAUUUUUAUGAUUUUCUGUGACCAUUGGGCCAUGUUGUUGUUUUUUUAAAAAAAAUUCUGGGUUUGAAUUUCUGUGUGGUGGGUGGCUGGGGGAACAGUUGGGGAGGGGUUUGCAACAGUUGGGGAGGGGUUUGCAACAGUUGGGGAGGGGUUUGCAAUUUCUGUGUGGUGGGUGGGUGGCUGGGGGAACAGUUGAGGUUUUUGAAGACUUUGGUGAUUUUUAAAGCUUUUCCAAAACUUCUUUUGCAGGCAUUUGAGGAUUUUGAAGACUUUGGUGAUUUGCAGCCAUUUCGUAAGUUAAAGUUUUAAAACUUUUUGGGGGGUUUUUGGAUUUUGGGUUGGGUGCUUGGAAUUCAAGGACUUGGUUCUGGGUUUGAAUUCCUGUGUGGUGGGUGGCUGGGUGCUUUUGAAUUUUUUGGGUGUGCAUCACUGAUUUUUUUUCUUUUUUCUGAGUUUACGAAGCUAGGAGCUGUGCUGCCAUGGGACCCAAGAAGACUGCUGCUGCAGAGGCCGGCGAGAGGAAGAAGGAGAAGGUGACGCUGGAAAUGAAGAAGGAGAUCAUCCGGAAGCACGACGGUGGAAUGCGUGUGACAGACCUCGCCAGGGAGUACGGCAGGAACCCAUCGACCAUCGGCACCAUCCUGAAGAUGAGGGAGAAGAUCCUUGCGACUGAUGCAGCCAAGGGAGUCACCAGGAUCGUGAAGAACCGCCCAGCUGUUCUGGAGGAGGUCGAGAAGUUGCUCCUCAUCUGGUUAGAAGAGAAGCAGUGUGCAGGGGACACAGUGACUGAGGCCGUGAUUUGUAAGAAGGCCAAGGCCUUGCACGCAGACCUCAUCCGGGAACAGCCAGGAACCUCAGGCGAGCCAGAAGUCUUCAAGGCAAGCAGAGGUUGGUUUGACCGGUUCAAGAUGAGAUCUGGAAUCCACAGCGUGGUCAGGCAUGGAGAGGCUGCCAGUUCUGAUGUUCCCGCGGCUGAAGACUUUGCCUUGGAGUUCCUGGAGAUUGUGAAGACGGAGGGCUACGUUCCACAGCAGGUCUUCAACUGCGACGAGACCGGGCUGUUUUGGAAGAGGAUGCCCAAAAGGACUUUCAUUACUCAGGAGGAGGCCAAGUUGCCUGGCCACAAGCCCAUGAAAGACCGUCUGACCCUGCUCUUCUGUGCCAACACAAGCGGCGACCUGAAGAUCAAGCCCCUGCUGGUGUACCACUCGGAGAACCCACAGGCCUUCAAGAAACACAAGGUCGACAAGGAGCAGCUGAGUGUCAUGUGGCGAUCCAACAGCAAGGCUUGAGUCACACGUGUGCUGUUUGUGGACUGGGUCAAUCUUGCUUUUGGCCCUGCUGUCAAACAGUACCUGCUGGACAACGACCUGCCGCUGAAGGCUUUGCUUCUGAUGGACAAUGCUCCUGCUCAUCCUAAAGGCCUUGAGGAGGACGGAGGACUUGUUGGAGGAGUUCAGCUUCAUCAACAUCAUGUUCCUGCUGCCUAACACCACGCCACUGCUCCAGCCGAUGGAUCAGCAGGUCAUUGCCAAUUUCAAAAAACUCUACACCAAGGAGCUUUUCAGGCUAUGCUUCGAGGUGACUGAUUGCACCACCAUCACCCUGCGGGAAUUCUGGAAGGACCACUUCGACAUCGUUACCUGCUUGAAGAUGAUCACCACGGCCUGGAAAGGGAUCAGCCAGAGAAAUUUGAAUUGCGCUUGGCGCAGCCUGUGGCCGGACUGUGUGGCACCAAGUGACUCUGAUGCACCAGAGUCAACAGUGGUGCAGGACAUUGUUGCCUUGGGGAGGACCAUGGGCCUGGAGGUCACAGAGGAGGACGUCAGCGAGCUGGUGGAGGAGCACGACCAUGAGCUGACCACCCAGGAGCUGGUCGAACUGCAGGCAGAGGCUGCGCAGGAGGAGGAAGGAAGAGGAGGAAGCAACUGAGGAACGGCUGUCCUCCAAAGAACUGAGGGACAUUUGCCUGAAGUGGAAGGAUGUGCAGGCUUUUGCAGAGCGGAACCACCCUGACAAGCACGUGACACGUGACCUUGCGAACACUUUUGAUACAAGGGUCAUGUCGUCUUUCAGGGAGGUGCUGAAAAGGCGGAUGAAGCAGCAGACCAUGGACAGGUUCUUAAGCAAGAAGCAAAGAGUGGAAGAGGAACCUUCUUCGAGUGGUCCCCAGAGUCUUAGAUAAUGUAAUGUACACUUUGUUGAUUUUUAAUUUUUAUUCUGUCAUGUUUAUAAACUUAAUUUAUUGUUCCUUCAGUUUUUGAAAUGCUCUUUACAGUAUGUGUGACUUUAAAGAGCACUUAAUAAACUCUUGUUGUACCAAAUUUGGCUUUGUUUGGACUUUUUUUGACCAUAGGAACGCAUUAAUUGGAUUUCAAUGCAUUCCUAUGGGAUUUCGUGCUUCGCAAGACGAAAAAUUCGCUAGACGAAAAAACUCGCGGAACGAAUUAAUUUCGUCUUGCGAGGCACCACUGUAUUCAAAAAAAGAUUGGUUAAUGAAGAAAUUACACAUCUUUCUACUUACAAGUGUUGAACUAAUUGGCUGAUGAAGAAUUCAACCAAACAGUAGUUGUUAUCCGGAAACACUGUUCAGCAGAGUUCAGAGUUGGACAUCAGAAUUGGACAUUUGCUGAUUAUACAAGGCUUCACAGCUUGCUCUCCGCCGGGUAAAGUCUGGCACCGUGAUUCAUUUAAGGACUUUCAGAGACUUCAGUUUGUUGGUUUUGAUGUUUUGACUUACUCCAUAAAGUUUUUCAUGUUGUAAUUGUUUCUGGCCACCGUGCUGCUUUUGAUAUUGCUGACUCAUAUUUUGCAACACAGGGGUGUGUGCAUGUGUGAAGGCAGGUGUCCAAACUGGGCCAAGGCUGCCUUAAGCAGCCAUCUCUCACGGAUGAAGGUGUUUCUCUGGGCACUUUCUAUGAUCAAGCUGCUAUGAAAUGUACCAUACUUUAAACUUUAGCCUCUAUAAGUUCUUUAUGCACUUUAUAGUACAGUGCUACCUCGAGUUACAAACUUAAUUCGUUCCAGAGGUCCAUUCUUAACCCGAAAUUGUUCUAAACCUGAGGUACCACUUUAGCUCAUGGGGGGCCUCCCGUGCCGCCACACCACCAGCGUGCAACUUCCGUUCUCAUCCUGGGGCAAAAUUAUCAACCUGAGAUACUACGUCUGGGUUAGCGGAGUCUGUAACCCGAAGUGUCUGUAACCCGAAGCACUUGUAACCCAAGGUCCCACUGUAUAUAUUUAUGAAUUCCUAUGCAUUUUAUGUUGGAGCUGCUAGAAUGCAGCCAGUGGCAGAUCUAUGGGUCUCACACUUCAGCGGCAUCCAGUUCGCUGCCAAAAUUCCACCUCUUGUGCUCCAUUCUAAGUCAUAGUUGCAGCAUCCCUUGUGGUGCCCCAGACUCCCCACCCUGUGCAACCAAACCAGUUGUGCUUCCCAGAUCUGCCUCUUAUGCAACUCAAUUUGCAUUCAUACUGGAUGGGAUUUGCGUAAGGAGAAAGCAAAUAGACAGCAGUACCUCCAAACUUCCCAGACUGUCUUUCUAAACCAGGGGUCAGCAAACUUUUUCAGCAGGGGGCCGGUCUAGAUUUUUUUGGGGGAAUGAACGAAUUACUAUGCCCCACAAAUAACCCGGAGGUGCAUUUUAAAUAAAAGGACACAUUCUACUCAUGUAAAAACACGGUGAUUCCCGAACCACCCACAGGCCGGAUUUAGAAGGCGAUUGGGCCGGAUCUGGCCCCCGGGCCGUAAUUUGCCUACCCGUGUUUAAACUAACAUGUGUUGGCCUUUCCUAUACAGUGGUACCUUGGUUCUCAAACGGCUUAGUUGUCGAACAAAUCGGCUCCUGAAAGCUGCAAACCCGGAAGUAAGUGUUCCGGUUUGCAAACUUUUUUGGGGGGGGGGGGAGCUGAAGGUCCAACAUGGCUCCUGCUUGAGUGCAGGAAGCUCCUGCAGCCAAUCAGAAGCCGCACUUUGGUUUUCGAAGGGUUUCAGGAAUCGAACAGACUCCCGGAACGGACUAAGUUCGAGAACCAAGGUAUGACUGUACAGUACAGUGGUACCUCAGGUUACAGACUCCGCUAACCCAGAAAUAGUACCUCGGGUUAAGAACUUUGCUUCAGGAUGAGAACAGAAAUCGUGCAGUGGCGGCGCGGCGGCCCCAUUAACUAAAGUGGUGCUUCAGGUUAAGAACAGUUUCAGGUUAAGAACGAACCUCCAGAAUGAAUUAAGUUCUUAACCCGAGGUACCAGUGUAUUACUAGAUUGCUGCUCUUAGGGUUGUUGACCCUACCCUGUCCCUCCUGAAGCAGAGAGAAUACAUCUUCCUUUCUCUCUCCUGCUGAGAUCAGAGAGCAAGCUCUGCUCCUUUGCAGCUUGUUAGUUGGAGUAGGAACUGUUUACUAUCCAAUAUGUAUUUCUUAUAAUAAACUAAGUUUUCCACACUCAAUGUGAUUGUUUUACCACUAGAGUGCGUUCAGCAACAUGUAUUCAGUAUACAGCCAGCUUCCAAGCUGUGCGCUAAUUCUACUAAAAAUUGCACACAUUUUAAAUUUUUAGCCUCUCUACAUAUGCUAUCUAUGAAUCACUGUUUAUGAAUGAAAUAUAUUGCAAAUAAAGAAAAACAAAAGAACAAAAAUUUAUGGACUUUGUUAAUUUUUCUACCAGUUGAUACAGUUCUUGCCAGGCAGUUACUGCUGGUUAUAAUAUCACUGACAUGCAAUCACAUUGGAAUGUUAAUUACAUUUUGCAUUAGUUGUUCUAUUUUAAUGGUUGACAGUUUGCUAUAUGAUGACUUUGAAAUGUUAUGGUGUUCGUAUAAACAACCAGAGUUAUUUGUUGGAUUGUUGGGGGUUGGGGUUGGGGGGGGGGGUUCUUUUGAACUCAUUGAACCCAACGGUCAUCUAGUCCAAUCCCCUUCCAUGCAGUUAUUUCAUAUUUGAGCUUUGUUGUAAUGAUGUAUUGAUUUGCAGUUUUGUUCUGUUGAAAGCUGAUUUGGGCAUACUUGCAUGAGAAAGUGAUAUGUAAAUUUAAACAAAUAAGUGAAUUUCUGCUUCCCUCCCCGUCUUAAACAGCAAUGAUAAGCGCUUCUUCCUGAAGACUCAGAGUAAGCAAGAAAUCCAAUUCCUUCUCACAAACCUAGCCAAGUAUCUUGAGCACAUGGAGAGAUACCCUCACUCCAUCCUCGUCAAAUUCCUGGGUAAGACGUGCUUGUAGAAUAUGAAUGAAAACAAGCCUUAAAAGUCAGCAGCAGUAAUAUGUUUCUUAUGAUUAGGCCAAAUCCUUUGGCUGUGAUGUGUGUUUCUCCCUUCCUUCCAACAGGUGUCCACAGUAUUAUCGUCCCUCGGGAAAAGAAGGUAAGGUUUUAUGUGAGCUAUUGAAUGUAGCCUUUUUAGCCUCGGGUGAGAAGAGCUUUGUGCCCAGGAAAGGGAAAUGGGAGUCAACAGACACUCAAGGAAUAGUUUCAGAGAAAAAGCUUUAUUUCUACCAUCCGGGCUCGUAGAAGGAGCAAGUGUGAUAACUCACAAACAAGCACGGGUUCACAGUCAUUUGCACAGAGCAUAUAUUCCCCUCCAGUUCCCUCCCCUUUCUCCUCCUCCUCAUUAGUCCUGCCCCAUGUUGAGUGAGUUUCCUGAGCAUGAACAGAAAGCUCCUGUCUUUGGGACUCUUUUGGCCUCUUCCCAGGAAAGCGGGGUAGAAGCCUAGGGGGUGGGUCGAGGAGCCUUGCGGUUCAGCGUGUUCAAGAUGUGUUACAACUGAAUGAGAUAAGAGUCAGUUCUCAGGCCUGCGUAUUCUUGGCAAUGACAGAGCCUAUUCAUUAGCUUUUUGAAGCCUUCUCGUACUGAUAAAAGAAUAACAUUUUGCCUUUGCCACAGCAUCUUGUGAGAAAACAGAGGAAAACUUUAGCUGUGGAUUUUUAGAAGAGAGAAAAGGAAUUUUGGACAGUUUGAGGCCUGGUUGGGGGGGGAUGACUUCGGGCCUAGGUGGGGUCACCUGUCCUCACCUCCUUCAGUUAAUAUACAGUACCUGUGAGGAGAUUUUGCAGGGCUUCAGAGCUCCCUUACUGGAAUAUUUCUGCUGGGGCUCCAGCCUUGAAAUAAGCUAGUUAGGGGGCUCAAACAGGGCAGUUCACUCAUCGCCCCCCAGGGCAUUUUGUGGGGGGUGGGAAGAAAUGGCUGACCUCUUGAUUUCAGCUAACCUUGUUACCAUACAUUCCCACAUUUCUCUGAUGAAAAUAGGGACAUCCCAUUCCAUGAUGAUAUUUUUACUAUUAUACCCCACACAUCUUAUUGGGUUGCCCCAACAUUGGGCAGCUUCCAACAUAACAAAACAUUAAACAUUUUUUUUAAAAAAAACCUUCCCUAUAAAGAAUUCCCUUCAGAAGGCUCAGGGGUCUGAUAACUCCAUACCCUCCAACAUUUCUCCAAUGAAAAUAGGGACGGAAAAGCAGGACAUUCCGGGAUCACAUCAGAAACUGGGAUGGCUUCUCUAAAUCAGGGGCACUUGGAGGGUCUGUGUUGCAGCUUCUGCACACCUACAAAUAUCUCACUCUUGUUCCUCAAUAUCCCUGUUUUGAAGACAAUCCUGUUGGCACUCAAACACUUGAGUUUUCUGUUAGAUAAUUGCCACAACAGAAACAUCUAUAAAUAAGGCCUGGAGAGGGGGUGGCAGCUAUGUAAUCACCCCUCCUCUCCUAGCCCCCUCAUUUUUAUUUUGAAAAGCUUGAGGGGUUGUACCCAGUGCUAGCCCUGCUCAGAGUAGACCCAUCGAAGCUGGCAAGCCUGGCUUACGUAGGCCCAUUAAUUCCAAUGGUUCUACUCUGAACUUAUUUGGCUACAAGCCAUUAUGUUUAUUAUCUAACUUGGGAAGAACGGGCACCUACAUUUGCUUGUUUUCUUGUCCCCACCUCAUUUUUUGCAGAGCCUGUCUUGCUUUUUGGAGGUUUUUUUAAUGUCAUCCAGAGAUUUUCAGGUGCUGUACAAUUUUUUUUUAAAAAAAAAUAAUCUUUUUUUUAACUGAACACAUUUUUAGGGGCCUUGUUUGCACCACAGCAUCACAGCAGCAAACCCUGAAAAUGAGGGGUGGGAAAUAGUUUUUUAAUGGACAAAUUUUAAAAGCUUUGUGGGGCACGAAAAAGACUUUGGCAUCACAGUUGGGGUGGUCAAUAAUUUUUUUUAUUACCAAAAGAAAAAACACUUUUUAAAAACUCAUUUUUUUCUCUUAGAAAUGACAAACUUGGGGGUCUUUAGGGACCCACUUUUUGGCUGAAUAUGAUCCACCACCCAUGGCUUAAACCCCACCCCCUACUGUAGGUGCUUUAUUUAAAAUAACAGCAAUGCUUAGUAGCAUUCAGAAGUUGUUGUUGUUUACCCACUGUUCACCCUCAGAUCCCAGGGCAGGUUAAAAUGAUUGAAACACAAUAUUAAAAAUAGUUUACAAGAAGUUGAAAUUACAGAAGUAAAGUGGGUCCUAAAAAUAUACAUCUUAAGUGUUAAAAGCCAGGGUAAAGAGGUGGGUCUUAGGGGUCCUUCCCAUCCCCACCCAUUGAGGAAGGCCCUUGCCUUCACCCAUCUUUCUGUCUUAGCAUUAAAGGUAAAGGGACCCCUGACCAUUAGGUCCAGUUGUGGCUGACUCUGGGGUUGCGGAGCUCAUCUCGCUUUAUUGGCUGAGGGAGCCGGCGUACAGCUUCCGGGUCAUGUGGCCAGCAUGACUAAGCUGCUUCUGGCGAAACCAGAGCAGCGCACGGAAACGCCGUUUACCUUCCCGCUGGAGUGGUACCUAUUUAUCUACUUGCACUUUGACGUGCUUUCAAACUGCUAGGUUGGCAGGAGCAGGGACUGAACAAUGGGAGCUCACCCCGUCAAGGGGAUUUGAACCACCGACCUUCUGAUCGGCAAGUCCUAGGCUCUGUGGUUUAACCCACAGUGCCACCCGCAUCCCAUCUUAGCAUUAAGCAUCCUGACAACGUCCUAUGGGAGGGAUUGCACACUGCCAUGAGUGCUGCAUACUUGAACGGUCUUAGCCCUGGACUGACCUGCUGCUGUUUUCUCCUUGUGCCUCUAGAGAUACUUCAUCAUCAUGCAGAGUAUCUUCUACCCUCAUGAUAAGAUUGUCGAGCGGUGAGUUCCUUGCAUGGUUUGAGAGGAAUGGCACCAUUUUUAGCUGGGGGGUGGGGGUGGGUCUGAGUUGACGAUAGAGGCCUUCCUCCACUCCUGGGGCUAAUAAUAAUAAUAAUAAUAAUAAUAAUAAUAAUAAUUUUAUUUAUACCCCACCCUUCCCGGUUCAAAAACCAGGCUCAGGGCGGCUAACAACGAAUUUAAAAUGCUUAAUUGUAAAAGCAGCAUAAAAUACAGUAUAAAAACAUGAAUAACAAUAAAAUUCAGAAAUCAAUUUAGGGGAAAUAAGCAUUAGAUAAUCACCAGGGCUAGCUGGCUGAAUUGUUCCUACUUGGGCCAGCAGGGAGGCCAGGGGAGAAUUAGCUGUGGGGUCUCAGAGCGGGUAAUCUUCAUAAAGGGGAGGGGGAGGGAAGAGAAGGGAAAUAAAAGAUCAAUAGCCCUGUCUUACAGGCCCAACGGAAGGAGGUUACAUCUGGAAGGACCCCAGUUUCAAGGGACAGAGCAUUCCACCAGGUCGGAGCCAUCACUGAGAAGGCCCUGGCCCUGGUGGAGGAUAGUCUGACAUCCUUAGGGCCCAGGACCUCUGAACUAUGGUUAUUCGUGGACCUUAAGGUCCUCUGCGGGGCAUACCAGAAGAGGCGGUCCCAUAAAUAUGAGGGCCCUAAGCCACCAGCACCUUGAACCUGACCCUAUACUCCACUGGGAGCCAGUGCAACCGGUAAAGCACUGGGUGAAUAUGCUCCCAUGGCAGGGACCUCAUGAGGAGCCUCGCUGCAGCAUUUUGCACCUGCUGGAGUUUGUGGGACAGUUUCAAGGGCAGCCCCGUGUAGAGCGAAUUACAGUAGUCAAGCUGGACUUCCUUAUUCCCCUGGGAGUAAGCCCCGUUGAACAAAGGGAGGGGGGUUACUUCUGGAGGAACGUGCACAGGGUUGUGCUGUGGAGGAAGACCUUAUUCCCUAUCAAAUUCAAAGACUGGGCUCUUUGAAGCAAGGCUUACCAUCCCUCUCCCUGACAUGCUAGAUUUCUGUGCGCAGGGAUUUAUUGUUUUUGUUUCUAUCAAGUAUGAAUUGCCACAGCUUGGAUGCAGGUACCUGGCCUCAGCAAGACCUGGGCCCAACUGCACACACCCCGGGACAUGUCUGGUGUGCACCACCCCCCCAAAGCUGUGUGUUGGCAGUGAAUGAGAGGAGGUGUAGCAGUGGGCAAGAGAAGUUUGUCCAUUGUCAGCAAAUCUUGAGUCUCCUUCAUAAAUCUCUGAGGGACCCUAUCAUUGCUCGGACUGCAGAUUGGAAGCCACUAUUCUCACUAGAAAAAUUGUUCUCUGGCCUGCUACUCUGAAGGGAAAUGGGUUGCUGAAAGAACAACAGAGCCCUGAAAGCAAGUUGGGAGUGUUGAUCCAGCAGGCCCAGGUUCGAAUCCCUGCUCAGCCAGGAAGCUCACUGGGGUGGUCUUGGGUGUCAACAUCUCUUGUGUCUGACCUACCUCAGGGGGAUGUUGUUGCUGGGAUGCCCCAGGCCUUCUUGGACGACAGGUGAGGGAAUGAAGACCACCUCUCUGGCACUCACCAGCCCUCCUUUUUCCUCGCAGGUAUGAUAUUAAAGGAUGUGAUGUGGGCCGCUGGACAGAUCCGGCCCCGAAGGGCAGCGAAAUCAUUGUGGUUUUUAAGGAUCUAAACUUUGCUGAUAAGACCAUUUGCCUUGGUAGGUCUUGCCACCCCCCACCCCACCUGUGCAGGACCUGAAAGAGAUGCUCACCUUCCUGGCCCCCGUCCCUACAAAAGUCACACUUUGUGCUAAAACAGGGGAGGCAGUCCAGGGGUGUGUGUUAUUUCGCUGUUUGUUUGUUUAUUUAUAAAUAAAUUAACUGCUUAAUAUUUAUUUUUUCACAAGAAAACAGCAUCAGCAGGAUGUUGAACCAGAUGUUUUGCUCAGUUGACAGCAAAUUUGCUGCUCUUUACAUUCUUGGGCACCUAACCACAAUAUUGUGCACUCAUCAAGUCCUUUGUACACUGUUGUGUUGGACCACCCUUUCCAGAAUUCUGCUCCCAAUGGUGACUAUUUUGUUGGCAUCCAUUUCUGCCCUAAAGGCGGGGUCAGGGGUAUAUGUGCGUGUGUACAGGCAACAUUUCAGUGCAAGUGAUUCAAGGAAUUUCUGGGGAAUCUACACUUUCUGCAAAAAAUAAAACCCAGCCAAAGUACUGAAUAGCUGUUCUCUCCCACAUUGUUCAGGCAUUCUACAGAAUAGCUGUGUGUGUAAAACAACAACGUGUGUCUUAGGCGGAAAUUGCAAAUAUCAGGGAUUCUGUAGCAUGCCCAAAGAGUUGUCAUUGCAGCCUGUUGCCACAGAACAAUUACCGGUAGUUAUUUUAGAAUGCUGCAGCACGAUUGCUUAUAGGAGUGAGGCCUUGUCAGCAUAUAUAACAUCUCUUCUCAGAGAUCUGCACUGGUUGCUGAUCUGUGACCAGGCCAGGUUCAAGGGGCUGCUAUUAGGAUACAAAACCCUUAACCCCUUGGGACCAGUUUACCUACAUGUGCCCACUUGGCUGCUUCAGUGGACAGAACUGGUACUGCUACAGAUGCCACAUGGCACGCACCCAUUCCACACCUGUAAGAGCUCCAGUGUGGCAACACCUGCACUUUGGAACUCCCUGCCUAUUGAUAUCAAUCAUGUGCCUUCAUUGAACUCUUUCUGAUGCCUGCUAAUAUAAUUCAUAUUUAGACAAGAUGCUUAGAUGUGCUGGAGGGAGUUUUAAUCUAUUCUGGUAUUCACUUCUUCAGUGUUUAAUGUAUUGUAAGUUUUUCCUGAUUUUUUGGAUUUAUCUUUCUGUAAGCAGCUUUGAUGUUCCUUACAAUCUGGUAGCGUAUAAAUUUUAUGAAAUAAGUAAAUAAUCUUAAAUAAAUGGCAACAUGUAAUACCACAAUCUCCGAAAUGAAAGCUACUGUCCUUCCAGACUGAUGUUUUAGUGUGGAGGGGGGCCGUAUUCUGCAAUAUGCUAUAGAUGCAAUAAUAGUGCAGCUUUCUAAUGGACUGUCCACACAAACAUCAUUCUGCUUUAUCAGUUGCUUUGCAAUGCUUCCCCGGGGUUACCACAUUAUUGCCACCUGGGGGUGCGCUCUUGUGUUGUAGCUCAGCAAAAGCAGGACAAAAUUCCUCUAAUGAGGGCUGCUGAGAGUUGGGAGAGAUCUCGGAGGCCAAAGAGUUUGCUUUUCUGCUCAGUACAGGGGAUCUUGCAACCUCUUCACCCCUGACUGGCCGAAUAUGCCCAUCUCUCAUCCUUGCAGGUCCACAACGUGCCUGGAUGCUGACUCAGCUUGAGCUGGACACACAAUUCCUGAAGGAUUUGGGCGUGAUAGACUACAGCCUUCUGGUGGGCUUGCAGCCCCUUCAUGAGGACGAGAGGCUCCUGAGCCACGCACUUGCCAACAUCAUUGCCAAAAGCAUGUGAGGCCCUACGGUGGGGUUGUUGUUAUUGUUGGUGGGGGGUAUCUGUCAUAGGGGAAGCCAGUCUGGCAGGGCCCUUACUUUCUCCCUACCCUCUACUAGCCAACUCAACCUUCUACAAGCCCUGAAAGCUCCCAGGUGCUUCUCACACCACCUUCUCUCUCUCUCUCUCUCUCUCUCUCUCUCUCUCUCUCUCACACACACACACACACUUUUUUUAUUUUGAAGUCAGAAUGAUGCUUGGUAAUUUGGGAGAGUUUGUAUUUAUUGGAAAAAUAAAGAAAUUAUUUAUGUGGUGGAACAAAACCAUUUGAGCACUUUUUCAUCAUCAUCAUCAUCAUCAUCAUAAUGAAAAUUUAAUGAUAGUGCAUCAAGAUGAACUGUUCAGUCCACAUAUUUUCCAAGAAUAUCUCUAAAUAUGAAACAGUCCUUGUCGAACUGUUUCUCCAUCGUUCUCCAGUAGCAGAAACUUCUCACCAACUUUUAAACUAACUGGAUGAGUAUCUCCCUCCUUGCCUUUAGAGCCUGUUCCAAUUGCCAUAACAGUGGCUUGUAGAAUCACAAUGCCUCCUUUGUUACAGUCUCAGCUGCACACCUUUCAACCAAUACACGGUCAAAGAGGGGAAGAAUUUUUUUCAAUGCCUGCUUUGCCAUGGUACACACUUACAAGGCCCCCUGUUCUGGCUACCUGCUCCCUCUGCAAGAACUUGAGAUUUUUUAAAAAACAAAACAUUUUCUUUUAAUUUACAAACUUGUAUACCCCUGCAUACACGUUUGCAUGUCCUCCUGUAUGUGUGGAGGAGAACAUAUGCAGUAUACUAUAAUAAAUAUGAAUUACCGGUAUUUAUUCUAUACUAUCUUAUUUAUGGAUGGCCCCCAAAAGCUCUUCCCAGUUGCCCCAUGUGUGAAAGGCAUAGCAGGGCACUAUUACUGCAGUCAGUGACUUGUUGCAGACAUUUUUGCAGGUCACUGAUGCAAUAAUAUUUCAAUUGUGGUGGACCAUCCACAUGUCAUUUUGCUUUCUAAGUUGUUCUGUGAUGCUUCCCCUGUGCUACUAUAUUAUUGUUGGCCAGAGGGGCUCUCUUGAGCUCCUAAGUGCAACUUAAGUGGGACAUCUCCCCCUCUCCAUAACAUUUAGAUGGAAUUAGGGGAGUGCAACUGGGGAGUGCAACUGGCAUGAAGCCUUGCGGGCCCCACAGGGGACACCACAACUAUGAUGUUUAAUGGACGUCAAGAGGCGUGGGGGCACUGAAUUUUGGCAUCGUACAGGGCUCCCCUGAAAUUUGAGACACCAUGGUCCACCACUAAAUAACACUUGUGGUAUUAAAAAGUUACCUGGUUUCAACUGAAGUUAGGGGGGACUGGUUGGAAAUGUAGGAGUAUGUCUGCCUUGAAAGCUUUGCAGGCACAAACAGUACUGAAUACAGUAUUGCAUAUAACUGUCAUGAAUCGACAAAAAAGGGCAUCUGAAAGGAACCACUAUACAAACAGGAUGUUGGACUGAAUGGGCCUUGGCCUGACCCAGCAAGGCUCUUCAAAUGCGCUUAUGUUCCCCUGACAGGUCGAUUGACACUAACAGUGAUCACCAGAACCAGAACUUUGGGAACGCCUUGCAGGAGUCUCACACGUCUCAUGGCUAUUCUUCUAGUGUGGACCAGUUCUACAAGCUCUCUCCCGAAAGCAGGUACACCAUCCAGAACAUGCUGGCGCUGUACCUGAAGAGGAAAGCAAACACAGACAAGGAGGCAGACUCUUCUAGGGGAAGCGAGACCUUCAUGCAGGAAGUCUUGGCUCCUUACGUGCUCCAUGGGAUCAACUUCGACCCGACCGCCCAGUGUCCUGUUGGAACAGAGGAGGGUGGGCAUCCCCAAACCUUCAACCAUCUGGCAGAGUCACUCUUCCACCUGGCCCAGAACAGACGGCUCCUUCCCAACACGCGGAAUGCCUUGCACGUGAUCGAUGGUCCCGACUAUCGCUAUUACAUAGGUAUUGUUGACCUGUUCACAGUCUACAACUUCCGCAAGAAGAUGGAGCAUUUCUGGAAGACCCUUCGGUUCCGGGAUAAAAGUUUCUCCACAGUUGGCCCCGUCUAUUAUGCUAGGAGGCUUCGCAAAUGGGUGCAAGACCACACCGCAUGA